GCGAACGUGGUAGCACAGCUCAUAAGUAAGCACUACAAUAUCCGAGAAAAGAAAAUUCAAGCGGCAACGGUAAUUUGAAAAUAAAUUCGAAAAGGAAAUCGAGUUCGGGAGCGGUUAAUUUAAUUGAUAUAAUAAAAUCGAGUUAUUGUACGUUGCGCUUUCCAAUUUCGAGCAAAUCAUAAUUGAGCCCAGUGUGAAAAUAAACAAGGCGAGCUAAGGAAAACAGGCAGUCGGGUGAAAAUAAUAAUUUGACAAGACAACUCCACAGUCCGCCCAUUCGACUCUGUGGUCAAGUGCCUGACAAUUGUGCAACCUCAAGACUCUUAACCUUAACAAUUAUAUUUCGGCCACAAAAAAACUAUUGGCACAAUUCAGUUUGAUUCGAGUGCUCGCUAACUCACUUUUACCUGUGCAGCACAAAAAAAUUGAGCAAAAAGCGCGCUUUGAAAACGAAAGCAAAACACAAGUUCAAUUCAAAAACCCCCCACGCUUCGCGAAAAUCUCAAGUGGCACUCUCCAGAAGACAGUAGAUCGAAGACAGAAGACAGUCUACCAAAGACAGAAGACAGCAAAAUGGUUGAGAAAACAGAAAUGUCGAAAUUCGUUGGCGUUGCCGACAUAACCGAGAACAAGAAAAUCUGGCGCAUGCUGCUCGGUGAACUGCUGGGCACAUUUUUCUUGGUCUUCGUCGGCGUUGGCAGCACAACGAGCGGAAGUGUACCACAAAUCGCAUUCACCUUUGGCUUGACGGUGGCCACAAUCGCCCAGGGCUUGGGUCACCUGAGUGGCUGCCACAUCAAUCCGGCUGUGACCCUUGGCUUCCUGAUCGUUGGCGAGAUCAGCAUCCUGAAGGCGGCCUUCUACAUCAUCGUGCAGUGUGUGGGCGCCAUCGCAGGAGCGGCAGUGAUCAAGGUGGCCCUCAAUGGAGUGGCAGGCUCCGGGCUCGGAGUAUCCGCCUUUGAUUCCUCCCUGGAUGCUGCCCAGGCGGUGCUGAUCGAGGCGCUGAUCACCUUCAUCCUGGUGUUUGUGGUGAAGGCGGUUUCGGAUGCAGGUCGUCUGGAUAUCAAGGGAUCGGCGCCACUGGCUGUGGGCCUGGCCAUCACCGCAGGUCAUCUGUGCGCAGUUAAGCUGAGCGGUGCCAGCAUGAAUCCCGCCCGAUCCUUUGGACCCGCCGUUGUCCAGGGCGACUGGACCUACCACUGGGUUUACUGGGUGGGUCCCAUUGCCGGCGGCCUCCUGGCCGGACUCAUUUAUCGAUUCGUCUUCAAGGUACGCAAGGGCGACGAUGAGGCCAACUCGUACGACUUCUAGAAAGUAUAUCUGGAAUACCCAUGUUCUUGUAAAUGUCCGCACCUGCUUCCCAUCCACAUCACCACCCAUUCGCUUUCCAUCCAGCCAGGGUCACAUCGAAUUCGUUGCCGAAAUUUCUCUUAGAUUAGGUUUGCUCCACCACCAAUCAACCAGAACUUUACAAUUCACACAAUUGUACCAUUUUUAUUUGUUAAAAAAUAAAAAAAAACACGCAAAUGUCUUGUUUUAGUUGUAAUGCGAAGCUAACACGUAAAAUAUGCAAUAUUGUAUUUGAGUAAUUUUAAGCUAAAUUAUAUGCACAACAUCAUUACGCGAAUCGAAGGAAAACUGUAUUGAAGCUUAACUAAAUUGUAACUCGAAAGCACUUUCCCAUGGAAAUCCGAACCAGCAAAUAAGGUUUAUUUCCUAUUCAGUUGAACACCACUUGUUGAGCACCUACGAAUUGUAUUAUGACUAUGUGUAAUAAAAAUAUUAAGAAAAUACAACUGUA